AUGGAGUUCGUACGCGUUCCAUUACCUCAUCGAACUGCCGGGAUUCGUGGAUAGGGAGUUAAGUAGCACGAGACAUGCCUCGGAACGAGCAUACUGAAUGGGAUUCCUUUUAUCUGAAGUCAACAGUGCCUUGAAUUCUCUUUCAUGUUUUCCAACUUCCAAACAUUGUUACCAUUAUUUCGAACCUAGAUACACGCUGGAUAAAGCUAAACAUUGCUGUAGGUUAAAGUAUGCUCAGCAUCUUCAGUAAGAAUACUAUGCCCUCCAGAUUUAUACAGAGAUUUUAUCUCUAUUUUCAUUUUCAUCGAUUUCACACUUGUUUUCACACAAACAUUCGAAUUGUCUUUGAUAAGAGACCAAAUGGUUAUUACGAAAAAUUCUCGUAGAACCUUGGAUAAGAAUACUGUGUUCGGGUGGAUCAGAUUUCUAUAGAUAAUCUGACAAAAUGGUCCGCGUUUAUCUAGUUCCUUCUUCGUCACGUACAUCAAUCGGUAUUACAAUGUUUAUCGGUUUUUGGUUUCUGUUGUUGUACAGACAAAAACGAUUGAAUAUUUGUACAAAAAAGCCGUUUAAGUGCAGUAUCGUCGUGGGAGAUCAGUGUAUCAUGAUCGGAUUCGAUCAACUAAACAGUGCUGGCCCCAUGGAAGGCACAUUGGAAGAACCCCCUGUUAAGGACUCAUCUCAGGCCAGUCCUGAUAAGGUUCUCAAAGAUGUGAUUCCAAAUGGUGUUAAUGGAAAUUAUAAUGACAGAGAAGAAUUUGAUGAUGCAAAUAUUAAUGCAUCUAAAUUUGUGUCUAAAGAAAAUAACAGUGCAGUAAAGGGGAAUAGGGAGGCAAAUGGAAAAGAAGAUGACGAAGAUGAACACAAAAUGGAUGUUGACAUCGAAGAAAGGGAUUUAGAAUCUGAAGAUAGUGAACAAAAUGGGAUAGCUGAAAGUAGAAGCAACAGGGGUGAAAUGUCAGAGUCAGAAAAUGACUCAAAAACGUCUAAAUCAUCUGAGGGUGUCAGUGAGACGGACAAUUUUAGUGAAGUGUCUAAGACUGAAGAUAAGUGUAAAAACACAUCUUGUGAGGCUAUGGAAGUUGACGAACAAAGUAAUAACUCAGAUGUUGAAUGUCUUGAUGAAAGUGUAACAGAAAUACACUCCGAUAAUGAUGAUGUGUUCACUAUGAAAAAUUCUGCUGUUAAGGAUAUUCAAAAUUUAUCGAGCAGUAGUGAUAUACAGAUUAAUGACAGUAAUGAAAUUGCUGACAGUAGUCUGGAUACAUCUGAUGUGAAAAUUUGUGAAGAAAAUGGAAGUUGUGGUAGUCCUGAUAUCGAAGAGAUAACGGAUAGUGCAAAGAAUGGUCAUAAUUCUUCGUCAGAACGUACUAAUAAAGAUCCUACAAAGCAGAGGAAGCCAAGGAAACAAAUAGAUCUUGGUAGCAUUACACCGAGAAGAAGUUCGCGUAAUAUAAAAAGGACAAGUUAUAUAGAAAAAGAAAUAGAAGAAGAUGUAGAUGAUGAUGGUUCGGAUAUAGAGGAAAUUAAGCCAGAAGAUCCUUUGGCUGGUAUCGAUAGUAAGGAUAAAGAGAAUUCUAAACUGAAAUCACCAAUUAAAAACAGUAAAACUACUAUUGUGGUUAAUGAUACUAAACGGUUAGUAGAGAUUGCAGCUGGUAGUAAAUCCGUAAAAGGAGGAAAAAAAGAACCUACUUUAGUUAUCAUAGACACAAAUUCCAUUCUUUCUGGGCGUGGUGGUGUUCCUGUAAGUAGCAGUAAGCCUCAUCAUACUGCCUCCAGUACUAGUUCAUUUUCUGUGGUUCCAAUGGGUAUGACAACACAAACAAUGUAUCCUAAUAUGAGAACAACAAUUACACCUGUGCCCAUGACAUCAAAAUCUGCACAGUUAAGUCCUAAAACAAGCAGUAUGACUACUGUAACACCUACAGUAACACCUCCGAUAUUACCAACAUUGACUGAUGAUAUGUUUGUAGUAGAAGCACCAUCUUUUAUAGUACCAUAUGUAUAUGAAAAACCACCUCUUAAACCAUUAAAAGAAUUUGUCACAAAACUAGAAAAAUGCUUAGAAGAAAAGGAGAAGGAAGAAAGAAAUAAUAGAAUCAUGGAAGAGAAUAAAGAAGAAUGUGACGACGACUCGUCGGAUAUAAGUCAGAAAAAUAAAGACAAAGAUGAAGAAAGUGAAAACGAAGGAAAUUCUAAAAGCAAAGAUGGGGAGGACAAAGGUGAUAAUUCGUUAGAUUUAACCGAAUCUGGAUUUAGUAAUAUAAGUGACAAACAAGACAUAAGGCAAGACGAUAGGAAUAAAGUAUUGACUUAUUUUGAUUUACCAUUGGGAAAAUUUUUCAUGCAAAUUGGAGUAAAUCUUGUACAAGAAUACGUGCAAACCGAUCUUUUACGGACUCAAAAGCGUAAACAAGGCAAAGGUAGCACAUCGGCUGAAACUCAGUUAGCUAUAAAUUCACUCAUUAAAAACCUAGAAUUUAGUAAAGAAAAUAAUGAACCAUUCCACUUAGAACUGAAAAAAUGUGAAUUCUGUAGUUUUAAAACAGAAUCGACCUUAGUCAUGCAACAUCAUUUAGAAACACCGCAUAUGCGCAAUUACGUCUACAAGUGUAACUUCUGUCCAGUCGAAGUGCGUAGCCCUCACGAUAUAUUAUUCCAUAUGGAAGCAGAACAUAAUACUCGCGGAAGGUUGGAACGUGGUCCAGCUUUUCAUCAAUGUCCUAAUUGUCCAUUUGAGGAUAAUCAAAAAGGCAAAUUAACACGACAUAUACUUGCUUGUACUAAAAAAUUCAGACCAGAAAAAAACUUGGAACCAGCUGCCGAUUGGGAACCUCCAGCAAAGAUUCCAAGAUUAAAUAGAACGAGGCCUGUUGGACCUACUAACCCGAGUGCCCUUGCAAUGGCAAUGAGUGGUAAAGGGCCACAACCACUUUUACCAAAAUUACUUCCUGCCCCUAUCACAGGACGUGGAAGAGGACGAGCACCUAUGCAGCCAAGAUAUCCAGAUUUAAAAACGUUACGGCCGGGUGGUACGACGAUGAGACAAGAUAAUGUUGCAGGAAUGAUGUAUCGUCCAACAUCUUCUGGUCUAUUAGUCCCUACUUCAUACCAAUUUGGUAGCAACCAAAUAUUUCAGGUGGUGGGUGGCUCUGGGACUGUCAUGUCGGCUGUCUCGGGAGUGAGUAGCAGUAGCGGCGGCAGUUCCGGUCAACCCACACCCAUUGCACUUGUACCCAACGUAAUCGACUCUCUCUCUAGAUUGUCCUCAUCACAGAAUACAACAAGUCCCAAGAAUCCCACAGCAAAGUUGUUAAGUCAGCCAAGUAUAUCUAUUACUCCAUUACCGCGUACAACAUCUCAAACCUCCGUUCCUGGUUCAGGAACUUCGUCGAAGUCUGGGGGGAAAACUACAUUUGUUAUAUGCGAGAUCUGCGAUGGUUAUAUUAAGGAUUUAGAACAACUACGUAAUCAUAUGCAAUGGAUCCACAAAGUAAAAAUACAUCCAAAGAUGAUUUAUAAUAGACCUCCACUGAAUUGCCAAAAAUGUCAGUUUCGGUUUUUCACAGAUCAGGGUCUAGAAAGACAUUUACUUGGAUCUCAUGGAUUAGUUACAUCUAGUAUGCAAGAAGCAGCAAACAAAGGAAAAGAUGCAGGUCGCUGUCCCGCUUGCGGCAGAGUAUAUCAGUGGAAAUUACUAAAUCAUGUCGCGCGAGAUCACGGAAUGACACUAAAACCAGCGCAUCUAUCUUAUAAAUGUACAGUUUGCACUGCCACAUUUGGAAUGUAUAAGCAAUUUGAAAACCAUGUUUAUUCGGCACAUAGUGUCGUUGCUAAAAGAGUGAUGGAUAAGAAGAAUACACCUUCGUCUCCAUCGUCCAGAUCCAAUGAUUCCCUUCUGAAACCGUUGAAGAUAAAUGAUGAAAUUACAAUUAUUCCACAACCAGCAAAACCUACAACCAGAUCGGGUACAUCUCAAGGCAGAGGAAAAUAGCAAUGAUCAGCCGAGUGAUACAUGUGUCUUGUCUUACUGAAUUUCACGUAAUUUUGUGGUACUCCAUAUGGUCGUUGUAUUAUACAAUGACUGACGUGCCGUGUACAUGUGUAUGCAUAUUAUGCUUAAGACGCAAUUACAACACAUAAAUCUUACAACUCUUGGCAAAAAAAACUAGUUGAUUGCGUAACAAUAUUCCAUCAAUGAUUAUACCGAUAUAUUUAUUUAAGAAUUUUUAUUGUUGUUAUCAGACAUAGAUAAAAUAGACUGUAAAAAUAUUAAAGGGUGGCCUUCAGUCUAAUUCCUUGGUUAAUCCUAGAGCUGCAUAUUCCUGACCUACAUGCCUAUGAAAACCUACAAAUAUAAAGUAUAUUUACAUUUUAUGCGAAACUCACAUGUCAUAUUGCGAAAUCACUCUUAAAUAGUAAAUUCACUAUAAUAUAAAUUCAUUUUCUAAAACAAAUAUAUUUGAAUUAAUUCUAUUUUGUUAUUAACGCUAAUACAACUAAGUAGGGCAAAAAGUGCCCUCACUAUCCAUAUAUUCGAUGUGUCUGCGCGUUGCGAAGCAAUUUCUGAAUAUACCAAGUAACAAAUAAUACUAAUUAACGAGAGUGCCCUAGACUGUCUCGCGAUGUUUUUUGGUAUGUAAUAGGUAUCAAGAAUUUUUUCUCACUUUUUUCUAUCACAUGUAUACUUCUCUUUUUUUUUCUAAUUUCGCCAUCGUAUUUUUAAGCGACGAAUGUGAAACUUAUAAUUCACUGCUUAAACUUGUAACAUUUACUGAAGUUAUGUGUAUGAAAUAAGUUGUGACAUCAGAAACUUUUUCAAAGUUGUAAAUUGUAUUACUGCUAUAAGUUGAAAUCUUUCGUCGCAAACAUUGUAAUAAGACAAUUAAGUUUUAUUUUCGUGCUCUUAAUAUAAAGAAAAAUGUACAUUAACAUAGAGUAUAAUAUAAAGGAUUAUAUCAAUAAAAUAGGAUGGCACACACAUGUGUAUACAUUUUUUCUGUUAAAACGAUGAAUUUAUCAUGGAAUACCGAACUUACUAGCACACAUCGCGAUAUUUAAAUAAAUAUAUAUAUAUUUAUGUAUGUAUAUAUAUAAUAUCUAACAAAAAAUAUUAUAUAUAUAAAUAUGUAAAAUUAUUCUAGUAUAGCGAUAGUGUGGUAUAAAGAAGGACAGUUAAUUAUGUUCUUGUAUGCACUAUGGAUCAAUAAUAGGCUUAUAUUAAUAUGUAGAUAGUUGAAAAAGUAACAGGUUUAAUUUAAUAAUUUCGAUUUUUUCUUAAUAAGUUUUAUACGUUACUGUAGGUAAUAAUUUUAGGAAAAAAAACUAUAUUCAAUAAAGAAAAUAACGGUGCAUUUUUGCACUGUAUGGCUGUAUUAUUUAAUUCUAUCACUUGCCAGCCACUUUUAUGGCAAGACAUGUUGGUAAAACAGAGAAACAUUCAUAGACAUAAUUACAGAAAUAUAUAGUUUACUGUAAUAAUUUGUACAAUAUUAUAUGAUUAUAAAAAUAAAGUGUACCAACAUUGUAUUAAAAUUAA